UUACUUGUGCAAUCACAUAUCGGAUUAUGAAGCAUGUCUUCUAUCGUUAAAACCAAGCUGAAGAAUGCCCGCGAUUUCCUGGGGAAAAAAAAUUUUGCUGGCGCCAAGGAUGCUGCUUUGCAAGUGCUACAAUACGAGGCUGACAACUACAACGCAAAUGUUUUCCUUGGCCUUGCAUCAUUAGAAUUGGGGGAAUUCAGUGAAGGAGAGCAAGCCUACAAGCGAGCGACUGAACUGAAUCCCGAUCAGUUACUUGCCUGGCAGGGUUUAUCACAAUUUUAUGAGCGUACCAAAGAUUGGGAGAAAUAUUCUGAUGUUCUUCGACGUCUGGUGGAUAUGCAUGCAAAAUCUAACGAUUCUGUCAAGUGUGCAGAAACGCUACAGAAGUACAUAGACCUGCAACGUGAACGGGGAACUUCCGCCCAGUUAAUAGAUGCACUCUAUCUUCUGCUUCCUGAUUCUGCGCUUUAUCAAGCAUUAUCGAACUUACCCCCUCCCGACCCAACAAACCCCACUUCGACUACUACGUUCCUAGUUCAGACUGCCAUAUACAACUCCUUGAUCGUCAUCGAAGAAUUGAUCACGAUAUUGGAGGGAGAUGAAGAUAACUACCUGAAAAAGGAGCUUGAAAGGCGAAGAACACGUCUUAAUGCUGGUCCCUCCGACCAAAUUCGAAAGGAGAUUGGGCGCGAAGUUUGGGGAAAAUCACGACUACCGUUUCUCUACAACCAAGUUUUGGAUCAUCCUAAUACAGACGAUAUACUGCGGCGCCAGACCGACUCAAAACUGUUACGGUAUAAAUACCAGUACAUGUGUUCUUUACCGAACAGCGCAAACACAAUAGCAACGAAAGAAGAGGUCAUGAAAGAGAUCGAGGGAUUGAUUAGCGGCACGGUUCUACUGCACAUACCGGAUGAACUGGCAUGGACGCUUUUCCUCGAGAGAAAAGAUGUUGCUCAUAUCGAUGAUUAUGGUGUUGCUCUCCUUCAAGAGUUCAUGGAAUUGUUUCCAUCACAUUCACUCACCACGUUGCUGAAGGGCUACUUCAUCUAUAUGCAAAUUCCGAUAUCUGAAGGUGCCAGAGACGAUGACAACGCAGUUGAAGAUACGGACGUAGGGUACGACAUGGUAUUGGAAGCCUUCCCCUCAGUUUCAACUUCCUUAAUUGCCGCACGUAUUGUUAGUGAAAUACACCUUCUUGAGACGGAUUACGAUAAUGCCAUCCAAAUUGUAGAGAGUGGCUUACGAACUUUGGCGAAAUUUGAGCAGGAUAACGGGAAAAUCUUAUCCAACGUUCGACUUGCUUUCCAAGCGACCCUCGCAACUUCUCUCGUACAUUUAUAUCCACCCAAGCACCAUCGUAGAGCUCUCCAGUUAGUCGACGAGAUUCUUCUUGUCUCACCAGAGAAUAUUGCUGCGAUUAUGGGAAAGGGCUACAUACUCGAAGCCAGCCAUGAAUGGGAAAAAGCUGCGGAGAAGUUUGCCAAGGUAUUCGAGUUAUUGAGUACAGAACAUGACGAGGGAUUAAGAGCACAGGAAGAGUAUGCAUGGUGCAUCAGCAGAAACGGCGAUGUCCAAGGAGGGAUCGACUCCUUACAAAAUGUUUUGCAUAUUUUGAAUGGCUUGGAAGGUCGAGACCACGAUCGCGCUAGAUGCCACUGGAGGCUAGGGAAAUGUCUAUGGAACCUAGACAGCGAAAAGAUUAUCGAGGGAUUCCAAAAUUUUAUCGCGGCCCUAAAAUGUGAUCCGAACUAUGCACCGGCAUUUACGUGUCUGGGAAUCUACUACUCUGAGCAUCUGUCUCCCUCAGACCCCGCACGAGCUUCUAAAUGUUUCCAAAAAGCAUUCGAACUUGACUCGCGCGAAGCUGACGCAGCACAUCGACUCGCGAAAGGGUUCGCAGACGAACAAGAGUGGGAUCUCGUUGAAGUCGUUGCUCGAAGAACCAUAGAAGGCGAGGGUGGUUUGGAUGGAGGGUUGCAAAAGAUAGAGGAAAAUGUCGCCGGGAAAUAUCUUCCAACCAACGCUUGGGCCUGGAAAGCCCUCGGAGUAGUCAGUUUGAUGAAUCGAAGUUACGUACCUGCUAUAAAUGCCCUUCAGGUAGCUUUGAGGGCUGAGCCUGAAGACUCGCUCACUUGGUUAAGGUUAGGUGAAGCGUAUCUCAAAUCUGGCCGACAUAGCGCAGCUCUGAAGGCACUUCAACGAUCGCAAGAGUUGCAUGACGAAAAUGAUUGGCUUUGUUCUUACUUUGUCGCUGAAGUAUAUCGUCAGACUGGACAGUACGAGGAUGCGAUUAAUCAACUUGAAAUGGUGCUUUCCUCGAAACCCACCGAAUUCAGCGUGCUCACUGCUUUGGCUCAAACUCACCUCGAUUUUGGACGUGCCAAAUCUUCGGAUGGAUUUGUAGCAAGGGCUGAACGUGCCCUUGUGGAAUCAAUACGAAUAUCUCUCAAAGCUAUAGCGAAGAGUACUGGGUUCCGGACGGUGAUAUGGAAGACGGUGGCCGAUGCGUUGUAUUUCCUAUCCACCAAAGACGCAUUCUGUGAUCUGGAUGUGGUCCAUUCUGUUUUGGUAGACGUCAAAAGUGUGCUAGGAAGUCCCAGCAAUCGAAUAGCGGAUAUCAUAGCAUACCGAUCUCAAGAUGAUCUCCAUUUGGAUAGCAAUGGUAUCUUAGAGGUUGCAAUAGCCGCAUACGACCGUCGUAUCGAGCUGGGGUCUCCUGAAAGUGUCGCGGUCGGCAGCGCAUGGUUCGAUUAUUCUAUUUCCUUGCGUUCUUUAACACAAAGAAUCCCCGAUGGUGACAGAAAGACAAAGGUCACAGAUCAGCUCUCCAAGGCCCUCAUAGAAGCUAUUCGCAUUGCUCCCACUAAUGAUACUUACUGGGUAGCUCUUGGGGAUUUCCAUUUUUCCCAACAGCCAAAGACAGCACAACAUGCCUAUAUCAAGGCCAUAGAGAUUGAUUCUAAGAAUGCAAGAACUUGGACCAACCUGGGAUUGCUGUUCUACUAUCACAAUGAUUUCGAGCUGGCAAAUGAAGCCUUCUACCGUGCUCAAAGCGCUGACCCCGAUUAUACGUUGGCAUGGUUCGGCCAGGCUCUAAUUGCAAUCAUUAAUGGUCACACUUUGGGGGCUACUAGCAUACUGGAGCACGCAGUUGGACUAGCAAAUACUUUGCCGGAAGUUGAUUUUCAGUAUGCGUCAAGUAUUUUCGCCCGAACGAAGGAAAGUGGCAAAAACCGAUCAUCUUCGUCGACCACGGAUGCCCUUCUACCUGUAUAUUUCGUCUUGGAUCGUUAUGUCAAAUCACGGCCUAACGACCCAACGGCUUUGCAUCUCUACGCACUCGUGUGUGAGAGUGUGGGUCAAUUAGAGAUUGGCGUUGAUCUGAUCACCCGGGCUAUCGCUCUAUUAGAAGCCUCAUACGAACAGACUGAGGAUACCGAAAUCGAGCGACAGUUCACCAUUGCGCAUUCAAAUAUUGGUCGGCUCAAGCUUUCGCUUGAUGACUAUGAAGGAGCCCUAGAAUCGCUUGAAACUACUUUAGGACUUCUUUCUGAGGAGGAGGAUGAAACGACGAUGCUGUUGAGGGCUCAGGCGCAAUUUGGGUCUGGAAUUGCACACUUUCGAAUAGGCAAUCUGGAGACUGCAGUGGAGUUUUUCGAAAAGGCUAUUGGUUCGGCUACAAAUAAUGAAUUCGUGCAAGGUGAAAUCACAGUGAUGCUUGCCCAGACAUUAUGGGCUAUUGGAACUUCGGAAUCAAGAGAUCAAGCGAAGACACGGCUCUUAGAAUGCAUAGCAAUGGAUCCUGAAAACCUCACCGCGAUCAACACUCUGGCCGCAAUGGGGAUCUUGACAGAUGAUGAAAGUUUGAUAGAUGCAGCAUUAUCUGAAAUCCUUGCAUUGCCUGUCGAUCGCAAACUUGAGCUCGACCCUCAGCGCAACGUCGAUCAUCUAUUAAUCCAGCAUUAUCUAGGACAGGACAAUGCUGAAAAAGCACUGCGUGUUGCUCAGAGUGCGGUAUAUGCAGACCCUGGACGGCUUGAAACUAGAAACCAAAUGGCCACUCUGUUAUUCCAGAUGCAACAACAUCAAUCAAUAGUCUCAGUAUUAUCUGGACCAUCUACUGAAUAUUCGCUAGAAAUUGAGAGUACUCUCAAGCUGCGGGCCGUUGCGGAGGCAUUGUCAAUGGAUAACAAAGCUAACCGUACAAGAGCUGUACAUCUUGCCCAGAAGAACAUCAUGAUAAGGCCAUCUAAUGCGGACAACUGGCGUAUACUAGCAAUUGUAGAUACAUGUACGAAGUGAAAGGGGAUGAGACUGUAAAUUACAACGAAAAGUAACACAGC